AUGUUUAAGAAGAAAAAUCGAGGUGGUAAAGCGUUGCAAAGUGGAAGAAAAGUGGGCUUAGAAGUUGGAGGAGCGAGAAAUGUCAAAAGAUCGCAAGAUCUGCGCUCUGCUCUUUCUCGAAAAAAGGCUAAAAAAGCGCAAGGGUUUCGUGUUCCUGCCACUAAAACGAAUACGAGGAAUAUUGUUGACGCGAGGCAAACUAUUUCUUCGAAAAAAAAACUAACUCAACCGAUCAUUCGUUCCAUUUCCUUGCUAGAGGAUCAGAGAAAAGAAAAAAGACAAAAUGAAUUUCAGAAAAAUAGGUCUUUGACGCUGUCGACUGGUGGCCAUAUUCAAAUUACUACGAAGCAAGAUGUCCCGCCAAAUAGGUCAGCUACAGUGAUGGGAGAUUCGAUCCGGAUCACUGCCAAAGUAGAGCGUAGUAAGGAAGAUUUGGAACGAGAAGCAAACAUCACUGCAGGGUAUCUUACGAUAACAGCUAAGAAUGAGGAGGCAAAAAGAAAAGAGAGGGAACAACUCUUAAGAAAGCGAGAGAGACAAAAAACGAAGCAAAAAAAAGGAGGGAACGAGAGAGAAAGCUCAAAGAAGAGAAAAGGAGAGAAGGGAGAAUACGCUGUACAGUCAGAUUAAUGUAGAAAACAGCGUCUACGCAUCAAAAAAUCCGAACCUCUCCUAGCGGGCAGAUUCGGAGAUAGUUUGUUGGAGGGCAGAUUGGAUCACGGAAUGAGCAGUACCGCAGCACAGAUUCAAAGGGGUCGGGAGCCAUCUAAACAAGACAUAACAACUUCCGGUUGUAGGAUCACGGUCUCGAAUUUACACCCGCUUGUUACUCAACAAGACGUUGAAGAACUCUUCGGCGUAGUGGGUGAGUUACGCAGUUGUAAAAUGCUUGGAAGGGGAUCAGCAGAAGUUGUGUAUGUGAAUAAAGAAGAUGCACACUUUGCAAUUAAUAGAUACAACAACAGGAAACUUGAUGGGCAGCCGAUGCUUUGUAAGCUAAACAUGCAACCAUCAGCAUCACUCUACUCACCUCCACCGGCCAGACUAGCCCCUCUUCCUCCUCUACGUGCUGCCCCUGCACCAGCAGCAAAGCCUCUUCCAAGGAGUGUUCCUGCAGAGUAUGAUGGAGCACCAACAGAAGCUUCAAGACCAGUGGUCUUCAAAGUCAGAAUAUAG